CUGGCUCUGACCCCCGGGCCGGCAUUCCACUUGGUACGCUUCAAGAUGGCGGCCCCCAUGGUGCGGUGUGGGAUGCUCCUGGCUCGGAGAAUAGCUACGGCUCGCCUUUCCCUGGCAGGUAAAAGAUGCCUACUUUCCGCAGCAUACGUGGACAGCCACCAGUGGGAAGCCAGAGAGAAGGAGCAAUGCCACCUGGCUGAUCUUGCUUCAUUAAUGGACAAAGCAUAUGAAAGGAAGUUGCCUGUUAGUUCUUUGUCAAUAUCUCGGUUUGUGGACAACAUUUCGUCUCGAGAAGAUAUAGAUUCUGCAGAGUACUAUCUUUACAAAUUUCGACACAGUCCCAACUGUUGGUACCUGAGAGACUGGACCAUCCACACCUGGAUUAGACAGUGUCUGAAAUACGGUGCACAGGACAAAGCCUUGUAUACCAUUGUUAAUAAGGUUCAGUAUGGAAUUUUUCCAGAUAACUUUACAUUCAACUUACUGAUGGAUUAUUUCAUAAAGAAAGAAAAUUACAAAGAUGCUUUAUCUGUGGUUUUUGAGAUCAUGAUGCAAGAAGCCUUUGAAGUGCCGUCCACCCAGUUUCUCUCCCUCUAUGUGUUAUACCGUUGCCUGGCAGAGAAGACAGACCUCACAUGGGAAGAGGAGAGGAACUUUGGUGCGUCCCUGUUGCUUCCAGGCCUAAAACAAAAGAACACAGUGGGCUUGAGUUCUCAACUGUAUGGCUAUGCACUUCUUGGGAAGGUGGAACUGCAGCGUGGACUGCAGGCUGUGUACCGCGCCAUGCCUCUGAUAUGGAGACCAGGCUACCUUGACAGAGCCCUUCAAGUGAUGGAGAAGGUGGCCUCCUCCCCUGAAGACCUCAAGCUGUGUAGAGAAGCGCUCAGUGUGCUGGACGGAGUCCUGAAGGUGGUGUCAUCUCCAGCUGACCAGGCCUCAGAGACUCAGCCCCAGGAAGGUGAAGGUAGCUUGGGCUCAGCAGAUCUGGUGGAGCAGCUGGACAUCGAGGAACCAGAACAUUCGAAGCUUCCCCGGUACCUGGAGCGAUUUAAGGCCUCUCAGUCCAAACUGCAGGAGUUGGGCAGGAUUGAGUCAGAAGGUCUCUUGACUCUGACCACCCAGCUUGUGAGAGAGAAACUCCCCGCAUGUGAGGCCGAGGACCUGGCCACUUAUGAGCAGAAAUUGCGUGAGUGGCACCUAGAGCGGAUGCAGCUGAUCCAGAGGGAACAGGAACAGAGGGAGAGAGCAAAGCAAGAAUACCAGUCGCUGAAUGCAGCAAAGACUGCAGCCUAAAGGGCCCCAGGCUGGCCCUGCUGGAGUCAGGACUGCGUGGACCACCCCAGCGUUAUGCACUGACAGGAUGGGAGUCAGCCUCUGCUGUCCAGCUUCCCCUUUUUCACAGCCUGAAAGCCACAGAGUGCAGCUGACUGUCAGGGCACUGUCUGCCCAUCCAGAUGUCAAGAGCCAGGAAACUGAGAACGAGGCGAGUGACUGGGCCGAAACCACCAGCUGAAUCUCUAACGGGCCUUCAGGGCUCACAGUGGAGUCCUGGGAAAACUUUCACAGUGUGAAAAGUUCCCCGUAUCUGGUGCGGGUGAUGGAAGACUCUAUAGCUGAGGCUGCGGCGCAGGGUCUGGGUGGCACAUCUGCCUGUUCUGAGACCUUGUGCCUCAUAGUCCCCUGGCCAGUGCAGAUAGCCUGGUGAUUGGGCCCCGGGUGCUCAGACAUCCCGCUGCCUCUUUCCCCCGACACCCUGCCCUCCUCUUUCUCCUCUGGGAGAAGCCCAGCUUGGGUCUCCAGAUCACAGCCUCACUAGAUGUCUGGUUGUAGGAAUCCAUGGUGACCCUUACAGAAUGCAGGGGCUUUGGAGAAGAAACUUGGCCCUGGGUGAGGUCUCUGUGAUCCGGCUUCUUCAGCAUAUUAGACUAACUUUUUCUCACACAUUGUCAGAAAUAAAAAAUGAACCUGUAUACACAGACAACUUUAGGGCAAACUUUUCUAAUAAAGGAGAAAAGGAGAAGGCAUGA